AUGCAGGGCUUAUACAAGACUGCUGGCCGGAUUCUCAUUACUCUGGGGGCUCUCAGUGUAUUCUCUGGAGUUAUUGCUUUCUUCCCAGUCUUCUCCUACAAGCUUUGGUUCACAGGAUGGAGUGUCUGGAUUGCUUGUCCCAUCUGGAAUGGAGCUUUGGCCAUUAUGACUGGUAUACUCCUACUGUUGGCUCACAAAGAGUGGACUCAGAGACACCUGUGGGAAGCUAGUUUCACCUUUGUGAUUCUGAGCAUCCUGGGAUGUCCGCUUCAUUUUACUGUAGCCUUGGCAUCUGCUCUCCUUGGCCCAUAUUGCUUCUACUCGUUUUGGGGGAUUGCAGGGACCAAUUACCUUGGUUAUGCAGUUGCCUUUCCUUUUCCAUAUGCAAAAUUCCCAUCAGUUUGUGUAGACCCACCACACUAUGAAGAGUACCACCUGACACUUCAAGUUUUAGACCUGUGCCUGAGCUUUGCCAUGCUCUGUGUGUCCCUGACAGCGUUCAUCACACUUUCUGCAAGACUUAUCCGGAAUGGACACAUAAAUGUAAGUUUCCAGAAAGGGGCAACCAGUUCCUGUUCCAUCCUAAAUGCUAACAUGGAAAGUUUGGUAUAUUAA